GGACUACAUACUGAAAGAUGAAGACCUUUCCUCCAAAUAACCUUUAAGGCGCUGGAACCAAAAUGUGUAUUUUAGGUGAUGGGUUAAUGUGUGGGCUAUGGGAACCAGUUUAAUUUUCGAGAUAAGAUGGAUCAAGAUAUAUCAUACUCAACCACCGUUGAACUUUCGAUAGCCUGCAGAAAUUUGUGCGACACUGGUGUUUUGUCGAAAUCCGACCCACUUGUUGUUGUGUUUGAAAAGUCAUUCCCUGAUAAUCAAUGGGUUGAACUAGAUAGGACGGAAAUCAUACAUAACCAUUUAAAUCCUGAUUUCGCUAAGAAGAUUGUCAUGGAAUAUCAUUUUGAGGAGCAACAACGUUUAAAUUUUGUUGUAUAUGAUGUCGAUUGGAAGUCAGAUAAGUUAGAAAAACAUGAUUUUCUUGGCAAUUGUGAGACAACUCUUGGUGAAAUUGCGUCUUCUGGAAAGAUAAGUAAACUUUUAAAAAAUGGUCCUUCGAGUGAUUGUGGGUCAAUUAUUAUUUCUGCAGAGGAAGUUUCUUCUUGUAAAGACGAAUUGACACUUGACAUUUCUGGGAGGAUGCUAGAUAAAAAAGACAUAUUUGGAUCAUCUGAUCCUUUCCUCGCAUUUUACAGGGUAAAUGAAGACAGAAGUCGGACAGUCGUUUAUAGAACAAAAGUGAUAAGAAAUACAUUGAAUCCAAACUGGGAGCAGAUGAUUAUACCAUUAAGGCUUUUAUGUAAUGGCGAUCAUUACAGACCACUGGUCAUUGCUUGCAUUGACUGGAACAGGAGUGGAAGAGAAAGUUUGAUUGGCGAAAUUACUACAUCUGCUAAUGAAUUGUUAACUAUGUUUAAUAAUGGGGUAUAUUCACUUGAUCUUAUUAAUCCGCACAAAGCUAAAAGGCAUAAACAUUACCAGAAUUCUGGAACUCUGCAUUUGAAUUUGGUCAGGAUUGAAAAAGUAUACAGCUUUCUGGAAUAUGUUCAAGGAGGUACUGAACUAAGCUGCUGUAUUGCAAUAGAUUUUACAGCAAGUAAUGGUAGUCCACAAGUUCCCGGUACAUUACAUUACAGCACAGUUACUCAACCAUCACAGUAUGCGGUUGCUUUACAAGCUGUAGGAGAAAUAAUCAGUGAUUAUGAUAGUGAUAAUCUAUUCCCUUCAUUUGGAUUCGGUGCUUGUAUUCCACCUGAUAAUAAUGUGUCACAUUGCUUUCCGCUGAAUGGACACAUGGAUAAUCCGUACUGUGAGGGUAUUCAAGGUGCAAUGGCUGCUUAUGCCCAUUCAUUGAGAACAGUAAAGUUCCAUGGACCAACAAAUUUUGCUCCGAUCAUUAACACAGUAGCUAGUAUUGCUCGUCAGUCUGUCGAUGGUUCUCAAUAUUCCAUUUUACUGAUUCUUACUGAUGGGAUCAUAUCAGAUUUGCCUCAAACAAAGGCUGCUAUAGUAAAUGCGUCCAGUUUACCUUUAAGUAUCAUUAUUGUUGGCGUCGGUCCUGCGAAUUUCGAUGAAAUGGAAGAACUUGAUGGUGAUGAAGUAAGACUAAGUUCUCGUGGAAAAACGGCGAUUCGUGAUAUUGUUCAGUUUGUUCCUUUUCGCAAUUUCCACCAGUUGAAUAAUGUUCAAGAGAGUAAAAGACGUUUAACUAAAGCUGUUCUCUCAGAAAUUCCAGACCAACUGGUAUCUUAUAUGCGAAUGCAAGGAAUUAAACCGUUGAAUACACAAAAUAAUGAUUAUAAAAUAGGAACACAUUCAGAAUUCAGGGAUUCAAGUUGUAAAAUGUAUCAUUCAGACAAAUUGCCUCACGCUCCACCUUAUCCUACUGAUAUUCCUAAUCCACCUUAUCCAAAUUGUUAAUAAAAUUAAUCAAGUACAAAUGUGUGAAACAAUAUAGAACAAUUUACUUGAAUAUAUAAAGCAUGGCUUUAAACUAAAAUGAAUGUUUUUUCUUGUAUAGUUGAACUUCCACCUUUCAUACUAUCUUAAAACAUUCAUAACUUUUCAAAUUUUUUUCCGGCUGACGAUAAUCAUGGUCGCAAUGUUUGCAUUCUAUGUGAUUUGCAAGAUUAAUAAGUAUUAACAUAUUUAUGUUAAUCAUAAUACUUAAUAUCUGCAAGCAGAAUUCAUAUUCCAAUAAUUUACUUAUCCAUAUAAAUAUUACCUAAUUCUGUUUGAUUUUAUGCAUAGAAUUUUGAUGUCGUCUGUGCAAUAACUCCAUAAUAUCCUAUCAUUUUAUUUUCCUGUUUGGCUUAUAUGUUUUUCCUAAAGUUGUUUUUUUUCUCCUUCUUACAAAAUAACAAUAAUAAUUUCCUAAAUGUGGUUUACGUUUAGUCAAAACCAGUUUCUAAAUAUGUGUCUCGUACAACUAUAAUAAAUUCUCCUAUUAUUAGUGUCUUACUCAAUCUACUGUUGUUUUUUCAUAAACGUUUUUUGUUUUUCAUUCUUUUCUAACGGUGAGAACAAUAAUGAUAUGAAAACCAUGGGUCAUAGCAACUAAAAAAGAGGAAGUCUUAUCUAAUUAAUGUCAUAUCUUCAUGUAUCUUAUAAACUACUGUUAGUGCACCU